AUGCAUGCUGGAGGGAAACCUGAUGAGCAUAAUAUAUCUGAUAAAUCACAGAGAGAUCAGAAGCAUCUUAGUCAGCAUCCCAAGAUUCCAACUGGGCAACCUUUUGAAUAUAGUGGAAAAGGACAAUCCUCCAACACAGUGCCAAUAAUAUUUGCAUGUAAGAAGAUUCAUGUGGGUGAGACCAUCUGUAAAUAUAUUGAAUAUGGGAAAGACUGUAAGAAGUCAGCUGUCAUUGCUCAAGAAAUAUCUCAGAAUUCACAUGAUGAUCCAUAUGAAUGUGAAGAAAGUCAAAUUUUCUCCAGAAAGUCAAAACUCAAGAAACAUGAGAGAAUUCACAUUGGUGAGAAACCCUUUGACUGUAACACAUGUGGAAAAACCUUUCACCAGAAUCCAAACUUCAGGAAGCAUAAGAGAAUUCAUAAGGAGUGUGGAAAAGGUUUUAACCAAAAGUCAAACUGGAAGAGACAUCAGAAAAUUCACACCGGUGAGUAUGCAUAUGAAUGUAAAGAAUGUGGGAAAGGUUUUAACCAAAAGUCAGCCCUCAACAAGCAUCAGAGAAUUCACAAAGGUAAGACAGCAUUUGAAUGUAAGGAGUGUGGAAAAGCUUUCAACCAAAAGUCUGCCUUCACUGUGCAUCCGAGAACUCACCUGAAAGAAACUGAGCUGAAAGGCUGA